AUGCCAGAGUCUGUGGAUCUCACAGAGAGCAGGCAAGCAGAAGUCCUGAUCGUUGCGUGGGCUACCACCGGAGCUGCAAUCUUAACGGUACUGAUAAAACUCUUUGCGCGAGCCAAACUUGUACGAGUUGUUGGUUGGGACGACUUUUUCAUCUUUUUGUCGUUGAUUUUCAGUAUCAUAGCUUCAUCGUUUGUACACUAUGGAGUUGUGCUAGGGUUUGGUCAGCACACAGCGGCCAUUGCCGCGAAAUACGGCAAUGAGAGACUAUUCAAAGGCGCUAUGAUCCAGAUGCUUGGAUAUCCCGCUUUUAGCUUCCCCAACAUCUCCAUUGCCAUUCUUGUCUGUCAGAUACUCUCUCCGAACCCCGCACGAACUAUUGCCCUGUACUCAAUGGCAAUCUUACAGGUCAUAUUUGCCAUAAUCACCAUUGCCCUCGCAUUCGCGCAAUGCCAACCGGCCCGCAAACUGUGGGAGAAGACACUGCCUGGGUCUUGCUGGAGUCCAGACGUUCUCAACUACUUCUCAUACUGGCUAUGUGCUUAUACUACUCUGACCGACAUAAUACUGGCAGUGGUACCGGCACGUGUAUUUUGGAGCCUGCAGAUGCCCUGGUCUACGAAAAUCGGACUCAUCGUAAUGAUGGGUAUGACGAUGUUGUCUGCGAUUGUCACAAUUAUCAAAGGAACAUAUCUGCCGCUCUUCACGGACACAACAGACCCGCUUUGGAAGCCGGUACCGCUCGUAAUAUGGGGCCUGGUGGAGCAGAAUAUCGUCAUCAUGGCUGCGUGCGUUCCCACGAUGCGGCCCUUCUUCAACCACGCUUGGAAGCGCGGCUUCUCAACAAAAUCAAGCUCCCGCACCAAAUCUUUGUUCAAAGACCCAUUUGCACCUGCAAAUAUACGAAGAAGCCACCUAAAAGGCCAAGACGGAUCGAUAUCAGAUGUUGCUUUGAAUGACGUGGGAUUAGAUCUGGAUCAGGCUAGCAGAGUAGUAUACGAGGAUGAUGCGAUAAGCCACGAAAGCCAACGCGACAUUGUGAGAAUAGUAGAGGCCAGUGACAAAGAGACAUCUGAGACUACGGCGAAAGAGACAAAUGCUCAGCAGGGCGACAGGACAACACUGACGGGUGUGGUACACCAUCGUAAUGGCUCGUGCUCUGCAUGCUGA